AAACAUACGGAAAAAGUUUUAUUUGAGGUUUUACAAAAAAUUGUCACAGAAAAAGAUGUCUUAGCUGAAAAAACAAUGAGCCUUUUAAGCAUUUUUGAUGAGCAUAUGUGUUCUUUUUCUAUACAAUGGGAUAGUGUCUGUUUAAAAGAUGAGAGGAAAAAAACUAGCACUGAACAAGAAAAAGAGAUACAAAUACGAAAGGAGAAUGAACUUGAACUUCGUUCCCAACAAAAAAAUCUAAGGAACUAUUCACUGAAUUGUUCUGAAGAUGAUACUGAUACACAUGUCUUUCCAGUGGAAUUGGAACCCAAUAAUCUGGAGUUGGAAUCUAAGUGUCUUUACGAUGCAGCGGAAUUAGGGUUUAAUCUGGAUGAAGAAUUCGAACAACAUGUGGAAACUUUAUAUUUUAGCAUUGGAUAUUUUCUAAAUGUUGAUAAAGAAUUCUCAAGUGUUAAUUUUGCACCUCGCAAAACGAUGGCCACCGAAAUAGCGAGCUUGAAAAGUAAUAAGCAUAAUAUUACGAGUUUACAAGAGCAUAAGAAAGAUGUAAGAGUAGCUUCACAAUCGUGCCCAAGAUCUAAUGCUAGAAGGACUGAUUACGAUUUCAAGUUAAAAGGGUAUGGAUAUUAUAAAAGUACUGUAAACCGAACAAAUGAAACAGUUUGUUCAAUCCAUAAUAUCAACCUUUUAUCUAAAGAAAAAGAUACCCAAGUGUUGGGUCAAAAAUCAAAUUCAAAAGGAAAAAGUCAUGAACUAUCAUUGUUAGAAAUUUCACCCGAAUUAAUUAUUUCAUAUGUACCUCAACUUGUUGAUGUUCUAAUUGAUAAACUAAGGAUGUCGUACACUCAACUUGAUAUUCAAUUAACUGACGUGUCAUUUAUCAAAUUCAAGCAAGAAGCAGGCCAACGAUUAUUAAAAAUCCCUCAGAAGUUCCAUAAAUAA